AUGGAUUUAAAAGAAAUUCUUGAUUAAUAUCGUCAGUAUUACUAUUUAGGUAAUUUCUAGAAAAUAUUAGAAUUAUGGAACUAAACUGAAGAUUCAAACUACGGAGAAUACUUAUUAUAAAUCGAUUUUUUAGUAGCCCGUUCAAUAAUAUGUUUGAAAGAAUUAUAGCCUUAAAAUUAAGUAUAAUUUAAUAAAAAACCUUCAAGUUAACUUAUGAUAUGUGCCCAAAUAGCAAGUAAAUAUUUAGCUCCAUUAAUAAGUCCAUGUGAAUUAUCAGUAUAAGAUGAAGAUAAUUAAAAUAAAGAAAUAUUUAUUGAAUUCAAAGAAUAAUUUUAAUAAAAUAACUAGUCUAUAAUUCAUUUGAUUAUAGGCUGCUACAUUGCUAUAUAAGUGAACGAUUUAUCUUUUUUUGUAUAAAAUGAAGCAAAGUUUAAAGAAAACUUUGAAUUAUUAUAUUUAUAUGUAGUUAUUUUAGUAAAAAAUCAGAAAUUCGAACAAGCAGAAAAGAAAUUAAAUGAAUUAAGAAAAAUGAAUGAUGACGAUGUUUUAACUCUAUUAGCAACAAUAAAUUAUCAUAUUUGUAAUGAAAAAUAUAAUGAAGCUGUAAGUUAUAUUGAUGAAAUUAAAGAAAGAUUUGGAGAUUCAACUAAAAUAUUAAAUAUUAAAGUAAGUUGUUUAAUGAUGCUUUAGAAAUGGCAAGAAGCCUAUUUAUUAUGUGAAAAAUUAUAUUAAGCACUUGCUAGUAAAUAAAAUCUUUUGGACCGAUCAGAGGUUGAAGUUUGUUUUAGUAAUUUAAUAGUUAUAUCAGAAAUUCUUGAUAAACCUACUGUUGAACACUUUUAGAGGCUUGAAUAAGUCAAUAAUUUCUGUUUUUAUGUUAAAAAUUAUUAUGAAAUGAAAAAAACUUAUAUGGAAUUUAGUGAUAAAUUAUCUUUGAAAACAUAAUGA